AAGGAGAAGUGGCAAUAAAACAGGUCAACACAGGGAACAGAGACAGAGAGAAGCGUCAGAACCGAGAGUUUAAAGCGACUAUAAUACUAAAGGUGGUAUGUGUGAGUGCAGUAAUAUCAACAGGCUUGAAUAGUUGUUUCAAUAUGGUUUUUGAAUGUAGUGGUUAAAUAAAAAAUUUCAGUGUGAUAAAAGGGCUGUUUACACUGACCACAUACCGGGAUGAUCAUGGAACGAGUUUUGACUUUAGUAUCUCUGUGUGUGCUUUUUACAUGGGCAGAAAUCCCUGAUGUUAAGAAUGUUACAGUAAUUGGUCGAACAGAUACUACAUUAACAUUUGAAUGGAAAGUUGAAAACCACAGUUACAGUUAUAUACUGGAAACAUUUGACAAUAAAGUCUCAAUCAAUGCAUCAGAAGCUUAUUAUUUAAAUCAUACAGUCUCAGGUCUGUCUCCUGGGACUAACUACUCUUUCACACUCUACACUGUGUUUGGGGGUAACACAAGCAACGGAUUUAACUUUUCUGAUGUAACUGCUCCACCUAAUGUUGACCUUGUUUCAGUCAUCAAUCGGAAAGAGUAUAUGAUAACAUUAAAAUGGAGUAAUUUCAAGAACAGAAAUGAUUACAGUUAUAAGCUGAAAUACAGGAACGAAGAAAAUGUUUCAGUACCUAUAUCACAAACUGAUACAGUGGAAUAUAACGUCACGUCUCUGGAUGCUGGGACAGAAUACUUCUUUACGCUCUACACUGUGUUUGGAACUGUAAUGAGCAGUGGAUACAACUUCACUAAUGUAACCAUGCCAUCUAAUGUUCAAAAUGUGAAUGUGAGGAGCAAUGACACAGACAUGAUCUUACAAUGGGAUGUUGUAUCAAACACAGACAAAAAUAAUUACAGUUAUACUCUUGAAAACAGAAAUGAACCACCAGUGAAUUGCAGUAGUCAAACUGAAGAUGGAAAUAAGGUAAUAUGUCAUAUAUCAGGUUUGAUGCCUGCAACAAAUUACAGCUUCACUCUGUACACAGAGUUUGCUGAUCUGAGAAGUACUGGAUUCAACUUUUAUAACAUCACGACUCUAUCUGACAUAACUGGAGUUACAGUCACUCGGUCACAGACAGAGUUGACUAUCUCAUGGAAUAAUUUAAACAAUAAUGUCAUCUACAACUACACUUUGAAAAGUCAUAGAGAGGGGAGUGAGAAACAUUUCACUGGAUCCGUUGAGGGUGAUCCGAUUACACAUACUUACUCAUCUCUCACACCAGGCACUGAAUACAAAUUUACUCUUUUUACUGUGGUGAACAAAGCCUUAAGUAGAGGAUACAGCUUUAAGUACAUCACUACCCUUUACUGUACGUCCUUUAACUGGAAAGUUACCAACUCAUCAAUAGAGGCUGAAGUUAAUGGUUCCACACAUGUGAUAGCUCAAAACAGCAGUGGAAGUUAUUAUCAAACUGUAAUACACAACAGGGUCAAUCUGCAAGACCUGUAUCCCGGAGGAAACUACAAUGUUUCACUGUUUUAUGAAUUGGAGUCACAGCAGCUGCCACAAUGCUCACACAACCUGACAUUAGCUCCAAAUAGUGUAUCUCAUCUCAGCUGUGAAUAUCAUUCUGGAGGGUAUGGUCUGGUUGUAAUUUGGGAAACUCCAUAUGGAGUUGUGACCGGGGUACAGGUGGAUGUUGAUGGACGAAGUUUCAAACAAUCAGAUAGUUCAAAAAAAAGACAGGAGAUAAAAGGCCUGCAAGUUGCCCAGUGGUACAAAGUGACAGCAUUAUCAUUUUCUGGAGCCAUGAGGAGUCAAACAGUAUCAGUCAACUGCCAAACAAAUCCAGCAGGUGUCAUAGCAGGAGUUCUUGUGUUUUUCCUCUUGGUCAUCAUUAUUUGUGUUGCUGUAUUUGCAUGGCGCCGAUAUGGUUCUGCAAAACGCAAUAAAAUGCCAUACCCACUUGUGGAAUCAAGAGUGUCUAAUAAAAACUACAAACCGAUUCCCUUGGACAAAUUUCCUGGACAUUAUCAAAACAUGAGUCGUGAUGAGAAUAGAGGUUUCAGUGAGGAAUAUGAGGACUUAAGUUCAGUUGGUAUAGAACAGUCUAGUAUAGCAGCUCUUCUUCCCGAAAACCAGGAAAAAAAUAGAUUUUCCAAUGUUUUAGCCUAUGACUCCUCUAGAGUGCAUCUCACUACAAAGGAUGAGGGUGAUUCAGAUUAUAUCAAUGCUAACUACAUGCCUGGCUAUGGCAAUGCAAGCAGACAGUAUAUUGCUGCUCAAGGUCCACUGGCAUCCACUGUCAAUGACUUCUGGAGAAUGGUUUGGGAGAAAAGGUCACAGGCCAUCGUCAUGGUAACCAACUGCACUGAGAGUGGAAGGGUCAAGUGUGAGCAAUACUGGCCGCUGGACUACACGCCGUGUCUCUAUGGGAACCUGCUUGUUACAGUGAAAUUGGAGGAUAAAUUUCCGAAUUGGACUUUGCGAGAAUUUAAUGUAAAAAAUAAAGAGACCUCUGAGACACGAACAGUGAGGCACUUCCACUUCACAGCAUGGCCGGAUCACGGUGUUCCUGCUGGCACAGAGGAGCUGAUCCAAUUCAGAGGACUCAUCCGUCAGCACAUAGAGAGCUCUUUCUCUUCAGGGCCGACGACUGUACACUGCAGUGCUGGAGUGGGCCGGACAGGUACUCUAAUAGCGCUGGACGUCCUGCUACAGCAGCUGCACAAAGAGAAGGCAGUGGGAAUUGCAGCGUUUGUUCAGCAAAUGAGACUCUGUCGGCCACUAAUGGUGCAAACUGAGUCUCAGUAUGUGUUCCUGCACCAGUGCAUGAUGGAUAGUCUACAACCCAAAACUGGGCCUAAGUCAGAGCCUAUCUAUGACAACUCAGACAUGAUCUAUGUCAACACAAUAGCAUUAAAAGAAUAUAACAAUCAAAGUCAAAUAUAA